AACAGGAUGUACAGAGGCGUUUUCCUUUUUACACAAAUGUGUUGCUGACACAGUCACGUAGCUACUUCCUGUUCUCUCAGUAACAGCAUGGCAGAGAUGAAACCACAACUCUGAGAAAAAUUAACCUUACUAACUUCACCAGAAGGCGGAUACAGUCUCUUACGACGUUCAUUUAUCUCCCUUGGAAAUUGGUCAUUGAGACCGAAUUUGGUCCCUUUAAGCUCCCUUCCCCCGCUGAUCGCGCACACUGGAUUAUUGGAUGCGUCCUCAGGAAUCACAGAAAAAAAUGUGAUGUUCACGCAUGCUACGACUUUGUAUGUCUAGUAGCGACUCCAUCACCCUGUUUUCCCUGAGUGGACAAUCCAUGUUGGAAUCGUGGAUUAUUACCUUGGCUGCGAGUGCCUUGUUUUCUCCUUGGAGCGUGAAAAUUUCACUCUGGCUGAACUCGCCCUCAGCCCUGCUACCUUCUCACACAACUUUUCCAGUGUUUCAUGGAUUCUAGCCAGAGCACUAGCCUCUACUUCAAAGAUCUCAUAGAUCAAGACUCUGUAGAGACAAAGAGAUGGGGAGCAACUGCUCCAAAAGGAGGAGAGAAGAAGAAAGCACUUCCUCUGUCUGGUGGAGAUGCUCAGGAAGGAGAAAAGAGGGGGAUACUGAAGGAAAAAGAGAAGAGGGGGACAAUGAAGGGAGGUCAGAAGAAGGAGACACUGAAGGGAGGAGAGAAGAAGGGGACACUGAAGGGAGGAGAGAAGAAGGGGACACUGAAGGGAGGAGAGAAGAGGAGGACACUGAAGGGAAGAGAGAAGAGGAGGACACUGAAGGGAGGAGAGAAGACCGUGACAAUGUCAACAGUGGAGCAAGGUCCUUUGACCAAAUACCCCCCCACUCUCUUGAUUCCAUUGAGACAGAGAAGAGAUGUGAGGAAAGCGAUGCAAAGUUUGUGGACAGACACAUGGCGGACCUCAUUCAGAGGGUUACCAUGGUGAUGUACAUAUCAGAUACACUGUUCCAGUGGGGUAUGAUCCAUAAGGAGGCGUACUUUAACAUCGAUGCUGCCCGGACCAGACAGGACCAGAUGAGGGAGCUGUACAAGGCCUUAAACUCAGUUAAAGUCAAAUCAGCCUUCUACAGGAUCCUCCAGGAGAAAGAGACUUAUUUGGUCCAGGAGCUAGGUGGGCCAGUCUGUAAAGAGGUGGAUUGCUAUGGACAGACUAUGUGCAUUGGGCAGCGGAGAGUGGAUGACGACACACAAAGAGUUAAAGACAAACUUAAAACCAGUCUGAAGAAGAAGUUUGGAUUUGUGUUUGAAGGCACCGCAGUGGAACAAACUCCCCUCAACAGCGUCUACACACAGCUCUACAUCACACAAGGACAGAGUGAAGGGGUUAAUAAAGAACAUGAGAUCCGGCAGAUUGAAUAUACAUCCAGGACAAAAAAAUCUACAGACACUCCAAUAAACUGCAAUGACAUCUUCAAACCCUUAUCUGGAGAAGAGAGAGAAAAGGAGAGACCCAUCAGAACUGUGUUGACGAAGGGCAUUGCUGGCAUUGGAAAAACAGUCUCUGUGCAGAAGUUCAUACUCGACUGGGCUGAAGAAAAUGCUAAUCAGGAUGUUGAUUUCAUAUUUGUGCUCCCACUCCGAGAGCUGAAUCUGAUUCAAGAUGACCAGUACAGUCUUCAUGGACUUUUGCGUUACUUCCACCCUGAACUUGCAGAGAUAGAAGAGGCAAAGAUAUAUGAUACCUGCAAAGUCAUGUUCAUCUUUGAUGGUCUGGAUGAAAGCAGACUACCAUUAGGUUUUCAUCAGAACAAGAAGUUGACUGAUCUAACUGAAAUGUCAUCAGUUGACAGGUUGAUGACAAACCUCAUUGAGGGGAAUCUACUCCCCGAAGCUCUCCUCUGGAUAACCUCCAGACCAGCAGCAGCCAAUCAAGUUCCCCAUGAGUACAUCAACAAGGUGACAGAAGUACGAGGGUUCAAUGACAAACAGAAAGAAGAAUACUUUGAGAAGAAUGUUGAGGAUGAGAACCGGGCCAGAAGAAUCAUCUCACACAUUAAUACAUCAAGGAGCCUCCACAUCAUGUGCCACAUACCAGUCUUCUGUUGGAUUACUGCCAGGGUUCUUGAGCAAAUGCUGAGUGACGAUAAGAGUGGAGAGAUCACAACUCUGACUGAGAUGUACAAUCACUUCCUGCUCAUUCAGACAAACCUGAAAAGCAAGAAGUAUGAUGGGAAAAAUGAGACGGAUCUGCACAUAAUCAUAGAAAGAAACAAAGAAACCAUUCUCAAACUGGCACAACUUGCAUUUGAACAGCUGGUGAAGGGACAUCUGAUAUUCUAUAAGAAAGACCUAGAAGAGUGUGGCAUUGAUGUCAGUGAAGCCUCAGUGUACUCUGGGUUUUGCACAGAAAUCCUGAAACAAGAGCAUGGGUUGUAUCGGAAGAAAGUAUACUGCUUUGUUCACCUGAGCUUCCAGGAGUUCCUUGCUGCUCUGUACGUGUUCCACUGCUGUGUGAGCAAGAACAUCAAGGCCCUGGAGUCUUUCAUUGGGGAUGUGUCAUCAGAGCUGCCCUUGCAUGAGCUGCUGAAGAUGAUGGUGGAUAAAGCCUUGGAGAGUGAGAAUGGACACCUGGACCUGUUCCUCCGGUUCCUUGUUGGCAUCUCAACAGAAUCCAACCAGAACCUGUUACAAGACCUACUGCCACAAACAGAGAUCAGCUCAGAGACUGUUAAGGAAAUUAAGAAAUACCUCAGGAAGCCAAAUGUAGAUGAAGUCUCACCUGAUAGGUACAUCAAUCUACUCAUCUGCUUGACUGAGAUGAAAGAUGAUUCAGUACAUGAGGACAUUGAGAAGUUCCUGAAGUCAGGAAAUCAAACAGGAAAAGAACUCUCAGGUUCACACUUCUCAUCACUGGCCAACGCACUGCUGAUGUCAAAGGACGUGCUGGAUGAGAUUGACCUGAGGACAUACAACUUGUCACCUGGGUGUACGAGACUGGUCCCAGCUGUAAGGAAAUGCAGAAAGGCCAUACUGAUUGGCUUUGAACUCUCUAUGGAGGACUACGAAUCAUUGGCCUCCAUUCUCCAAUCAGCAGACUCACAUCUAAGAGAGCUGCACCUGGACGACAUCGGGGAGCGUGACCCUGAUGGUACUGAUGAUCCUGAUGGUGAUGACGAGGCCAGACUGACUGUUCUCUUUGCUGCGCUGACUGCUGUUCUUGCUGCACUGAAACAUCCACACUGUAAACUGGAGACACUGAGACUGGGUGGCUAUAAACUCUCCGAAGAGCACUGUGGAUUACUGCCCUCUGCUCUCCAAUCAGCGGACUCACAUCUGAGAGAACUGGACCUGAGAGACACUAAGCUGUCUGAUGGUGGUGGGAGGGAACUCUUUACUUCUCUGAAACAUCCAAACUGUAAACUACACAAACUGCGACUGGCUAGCUUUAGACUCUCUGAAGAGGACUGGGGAUCACUGGCCUCCGUCCUCCAAUCAGCAGACUCCUCUCUGAGAGAACUGGAACUGGACCUGAGGAACAGUGAGCUUUCGGAUGUUGGUGGGAGGGAACUCUUUACUGCUCUGAAACAUCCACACUGUAAACUACAGACACUGAGGCUGAAUGGAUGUUCCCUGACAGAGAAAGGGUGUGAAGUGUUGGCCUCAGUUCUCAGCUCAAACUCCUCUCACCUGAGAGAGCUGGAUCUGAGUCACAAUGACCUGCAGGAUUCAGGAGUGAAGCUGCUCUCUGCUGGACUGGAGAAUCCACACUGUCAACUAGAGAAACUGAGGCUGUCAUUCUGUAGAGUCACAGAGGAAGGCUGUGCAUAUCUGGCCUCAACUCUGAGGUCAAACCCCUCCCACCUGAGAGAACUGGACCUGAGCUUCAAUCACCCAGGAGACUCUGGAGUGAAGCUGCUCUCUGCUAGACUGGAGGAUCCACACUGUGGACUGGAGAAACUCAAUGUGGACCAUAAUGAAGAGUUCUGGGUUAAACCACAGCUGAUGAAGAUAUAUGCCUGUGAUCUCACACUGGACCCAAACAAAGCACACAGAAACCUCUCUCUGUCUGAGGGGAACAGAAGGGUGGAGAGGGUUAAAGAGGAGCAGCCGUAUCCCGAUCAUCCAGAGAGAUUUGAUUUGGUUCCCCAGGUGCUGUGUAGAGAGGGUCUGACUGGGCGCUGUUACUGGGAGGUAGAGUGGAGCAGGCUGGCUGACAUAGGAGUGACAUAUAAAGGCAUCAGCAGAAAAGAAGAUGGUUCUGCCAGUGACUUUGGAUACAAUAACAAGUCCUGGCGUCUGACCUGCCGUGGGGAUCAUUACACUGCCCUCCACAAUAGUGAAUAUAAUACUAUACAUGCUCCACACCUCAUCAACCCUCCUCAACCCAAGAGAGAACUGUCCUCCUGUCCUCCACGCCUCAGAGUAGGAGUGUUUCUAGACUGGCCGGUCGGCACGCUUUCCUUCUAUGAGAUCUACUCUGACACAUUGACCCACCUGUACACAUUCCAGACCACAUUCACUGAGCCCCUCUACCCAGGGUUUAGUGUUUCAAAUGAUGAAGGCUCUUCAGUGUCCCUGAGCCAGGUAGGGUAGUCUCCUGUUUCCUGGAGGAACACAUGGGUCUCCAUGGAAACACAGUCACACUCCUGUUCUAACUGAACCAUGUGACCUGAUGGGGUGUUGUUGACAGUGAUCAUGACUACAGAUAUGGACAUUAUAACAGAUAAAUGUUGUUGUCAGUGAUCAUGACUUCAGAUAUGGACAUUAUAACAGAUAAAUGUUGUCAGGGAUCAUGACUACAGAUAUGGACAUUAUAACAGAUAAAUGUUGUUGACAGUGAUCAUGACUUCAGAUAUGGACAUUAUAACAGAUAAAUGUUGUUGACAGUGAUCAUGACUACAGAUAUGGACAUUGUAACAGAUAAAUGUUGUUGUCAGUGAUCAUGACUUCACUUAUGGACAUUAUAACAGAUAAAUGUUGUUGACAGUGAUCAGGACUUCAGAUAUGGACAUUAUAACAGAUAAAUGUUGUUGACAGUGAUCAUGACUACAGAUAUGGACAUUAUAACAGAUAAAUGUUUUUGACAGUGAUCAUGACUACAGAUAUGGACAUUAUAACAGAUAAAUGUUGUUGACAGUAAUCAUGAUUCAUGACUUCAGAUAUGGACAUUGUAACAGAUAAAUGUUGUUGAAAGGUAUCUUGAUAUGAAUUAAAAAUGGAAACUGCUUGCUAUAAAAUGACAAAGUAUACAUACCCGGGGCCUCCCGAGUGGCGCAGCAGUCUAAGGUACUGCUUGAGGCGUCACUAUAGCCCAGGAUUUCGAUCCCAGGCUGUGUCACAGCCGUCCGUGACUGGGAGACCCAUGAGGUGGCUCUCAAUUGGUCCAGCGUUGUCCGUUAGGGGAGGGUUUGGCCGGCUGAGAUGUCCUUGUCCCAUCGUGCUCUAGCGACUCCUUGUGGCUGUCCGGG